AUGUCAGAUCCAGAGAUAUACUCAGAUCCGCAAAUAUACACCAUCGGCUGGAUAUCCGCUCUUCCUAUCGAGUCUGCGGCAGCCCAGCAAUUCUUGGACGAGCGACACAAGCCUCCAGAAUCCGUCAGCCAACAUGACAACAAUGUCUACGUUCUAGGCAGGAUCGGACGCCACAACGUCGUUAUGGCAAGUCUGCCAAAAGGCGAAUAUGGGACUACGACAGCGGCCACAGUUGCCAAGGACAUGUUACAUAGCUUCCCCAAUGUCCGCAUCGGUUUUACAGUCGGCAUUGGUGGUGGUGCCCCAAAUGCAGCACACGACAUCCGCCUAGGAGAUAUCGUGGUGAGCACUCGUGACGGCGGUCAAGGUGGUGUUUUUCAGUAUGACUUUGGCAAGACAAUCCAGGACCAGACAUUCCAACAUACACAUCACCUGAAUCAGCCACCACAGCUCCUUCUGGCUGCAGUAGGUGCGUUGGAGACGCGAUACAUGACAGACGAUAAUGAACUCGACUCUAAAGUAGAGAAGGCUUUGGCGCAGAAGUCUAAGCUCCGCAGGGCCUUUUCACAACCACCAGCCUCGAGUGACAGACUAUACCGGCCGGACUUUGUGCAUCGGAACUCGUUGCAAACAUGUAGCAACGCUUGUGGUGACGAUCCAGAACAUUUGGUGACUCGACUACAGCGCGACCAAGAAGACGAUAGCACGGUCGUUCACUAUGGAGUCGUUGCGAGCGCCAACCAAUUGAUGAAGGAUGCGUUAAUCCGAGAUAAAUUGGCUGCAGAGAAGGGCGUGCUCUGUUUCGAAAUGCAAGCAGCCGGUCUGAUGAACCAUUUCCCGUGUUUAGUAGUCCGUGGUAUUUGCGACUAUGCAGAUUCGCAUACGAACAACGAGUGGCAAGGGUACGCAGCAAUGGUAGCAUCGGCAUAUACGAAAGAGCUUCUGGAGCAGAUUCCGCCAAAUAGAGUGGAAGCAGAAAGUCGAACACUCGAAACAAUUAGACGAUCUGUGAGUCAAAUAGAGCAGACCAUGCUCGCAACACAAGUCGCCGUCGAUCAAAUGGGAUCUCAACUCCAGUGUGAUGAGAUCAAGCGCUGGCUAUGUCCGCCCGAUCCAUCUACCAACGUCAAUCAUGCAAGGAAACUUCGCCAUGAAGGCACAGGAACGUGGCUUUUGAAUAAAGCUUUCUUCCACUCAUGGUUUUCAGAGCCCAAUCGACACUUAUGGUUACAUGGCUUCGCGGGAUGCGGCAAGACUGUUCUCAGCACGACUAUCUUAGACCAUCUGACCAAGACCUAUGGAGGACUCCUUCUUCGAUUCUACUUUGAUUUCAGUGAUGGGAGGAAACAGACCAUGGAUUGCAUGUUGCGCUCGCUUGCAUUUCAGAUGUAUGAACUUGGAGCCGGGUGUAGAAAACACCUCGAUAACCACAAUCGCCGAGAUCAGCCUUCUACAAAAGCGCUAUCUGAGAUUGUACGAAAAAUGCUCACUCAAACGAAAGACGUUUGCAUUCUUCUAGAUGCCUUGGAUGAAUCAACCACUAGAAGUGAGCUUCUGCAAUGGAUCAAAGAUACAAGCUCUGACCCUGAACUGUAUCAUGUUCGGUUACUUUACACCAGCCGGCCUGAGCCAGAUUUGAACCAGGGUAUACCUGCCAUUAUAGGACGAGAAAGCUGCUUCCCAAUUGACAAGCAGGCUCUAAGUGAAGAUAUCCGGUCCUUCGUUACAUGGCAGCUUAUAGAAAGAGAAGAGUUCAAGACGAGGGAGUUGUCUGAAGAUCUUGUGGAACUGAUUCGAACAUGA